GCAGCUGUCGUGUGCUGUAUCAGUACGUUUUUCUGAUGGACCGCGGAAGAGCCGAUGGCCGCCGUCGAAACCGACCAAGGUCAACACACAAACACAAAGCGAACGACCGCCAGCUAACCAUCGUUGUUUUUUCUACAUCCAAUCAGCACCGUGCCGCGAUCCGUGGUCGUCACCAACAGUGAACAGUCUGGUUGUGUCAGUGGUCACUGCUGCAACUAUAUCACAGGCACCAGCUGCUGUUGUUGUUGUUGUGGCACAAAACUCGACGUUGACGACUAUUCAGACAUUCAGUAUUUCCGCCAACCGUAAAGAAUAACAAUAUCAAAGUCAUUAACGUGUAUUAUAAUAUUUUUUGUUGUUAAUGUUUCGAGUUGGUACGUUAGACUGUUAAGUUCGUUUUAUCGAGGAACAAAAUUCAUUUUUCAAUCGAAAUAGGAAUUUUUAUUCGUCGAUUUAUUUUUUAAAUAUUCCGAAUUCGCGUUUUGUGUACGAAGAAAUUUGAAGGCCGACAAAAAAGUCGAUCUCAUUAAGUCACCAAUCGUAAACUGACAAACGUAAAAACGGCUCUCCGUACACGUGCCUCGAGGCUGCUGACGACAUGUCAUCGUGUUAGGUCCGACGACGGCGGAUGUAAUAUGAACGACAUCGAAACCAUAGCUGCCUCCGUAUUCUAUUCGGCCAGAGACGGACGGCUAAAAAAGUUACAGUUGCUGCUGGAAGGCAAAUCUCCAAUGGAAAAUGCCAAAUUGUUAAAAACCACGACAAACGGCGCGACACCGUUGCUGAUGGCCUGUCGAAACGGGCACCACGAUAUAGCUUUGUACUUGAUCAAAAAACACAAAGUCGACAUCGAACAGACUGGAUCAGUGGUUUUUGACGGUGAAACAAUCGAGGGAGCGCCCCCUUUGUGGUGUGCGGCUGCUGCUGGUCACCUGACCAUUGUCAGGUUGUUAGUCAAAGAAGGAGCUGUAGUGAAUUCGACGACGAAGACAAAUUCAACGCCUUUAAGGGCUGCUUGUUUCGACGGACACUACGAAAUCGUCAAAUAUUUAGUCGAACACGGUGCCGAUAUUGAAGUAUCGAAUCGCCACGGUCAUACUUGCUUGAUGAUCGCCUGUUACAAAGGUCACUACAAAAUAGCCAAUUAUCUUUUGUCGCUCAAUGCGGACAUUAACAAGAAGAGUGUCAAAGGCAACACUGCUCUGCACGACUGUGCCGAAUCCGGUAGCUUAGAUAUAUUUAAAAUGCUUAUACAAAAUGGAGCCAAAAUGGAAGUAGAUUCGUAUGGAAUGACACCGCUUCUAGCGGCCUGCGUUACUGGUCAUGCGGACAUUGUGGAAUAUCUUGUAAAAAGUGAUAAUUUAGUGUCGCGCAAAGAGAAAAUUGAAGCUUUAGAGUUACUGGGAGCCACCUACAUUGACAAAAAAAGAGACUUAAUCGGUGGAUUUGCAUUGUGGAAACAAGCCAUGGACUUACGGUUUAGCGAUGAUGAUGAGCCAGACAUACCUAAACCAGAUAACGCGUUGCCUAUUGAAGCGUAUGAAUGGGCACAAGAAGUAAAAAACCUUGAAGAGCUCAACGAACUGUUAUCUGAACCCGAUGAAAUGAGAAUGCAAGCUCUAUUAGUGAGAGAACGAAUUUUAGGUCCAACACACCCAGACACCAGCUACUAUGUAAGGUACCGAGGUGCUGUCUAUGCUGACGCGGGUAAAUUCACCAGAUGCAUAUCUCUAUGGAACCAUGCUUUGGACAUACAAAGAGGUUCUCUGGAAUCAUGUCACCAAAUGACUGUUUCUUCUUUCUUUUCCUUUGCCGAGUUGUUUUCAUUCAUGUCGGACGCCUGUGCUACCAACGAUGACAAUGGUUACAGACAGGUGCCAGCUUUACUGACUUUUGAAGAUGUUAUUCAGGUUCUGGCAAAAGCUGUUAAUGAACUCUGUGAACCUAAGGAACAGUCAUCGACAUAUGAUCUGUCUCCUCGAUUAUUGCUCAUUUCCUUGGAUCUCUUCAAUAUGGCGCUCAAAUUAAUUAGGACUGAAGAACAAUCACAUUUAACUCACCGUUUGCUUUAUCGUUUGAAUAAGUCAAACAUAUUAGGAUAUCUAGGCCAAACGCCUAUUCAUUUAGCAAGUGCGCGCAAAACCGCAUUGGCCGUAUCUUUACAUCCACAAAUUGCCCAGUCUGAGAAUUCCUCGUUGCUACUUAGAGCUCUGCUUAAGAUUGGUGCUGACCCUAAUUCACGAGACGAUGAGGGUAAUACGCCACUGCAUCUUGUAGCACCCAAGGAUGCAACUACCGUAAAACUGUUGUUAGGAGGCGGAGCUCACUAUGACUCUGUCAAUGGUGCUGGACGUACUUUCUGCGACAUGCGCAAAGCCACACCUCACAAUCCACUUUGGCACACAUCCUUAGCUUGCCAUGCCGCCCGUGUCAUACGUAAAAAUCGCAUACCAUUUGUUGGACACAUACCUGUAACGUUGUAUGAAUUUGUUGAAAAGCACUAAUUAUAAAUUGAGUGUACUAUGAUAAGUGUUUUAUACUGUAUCGAUGGUUUAAUGUUUCUGUAAUUUAUUGUUUGCACGCAAAAUAAUUAUUUUACAUAACAUAAUAUAUUAUACUUAAUAUUAUAAAUAAAACAUACAUUUGGAACAGACUUUUAUUUUAUAAAUUUAAAUAAGAUCAUCAAUGUUAUCACAACUGCCUUUAACUUAAGGAUAGCAA